AUGCCCACCGCCGUCGCCGUCGUCGCCGCGGCGAGCCCCACGCCGCGGGACAGCGGGCGCGGCCGCCCCCGCCGCCUGCGCCGCCGCAGGGACAGGAAGAGUAGGGCCGCGGGCGCCAAUGCGGGGGCCGGCGAGGAGAGCGCCCGCCCAGGCCCCGACCCCGCUCCCCAGGUGGAGGUGGAGUACGUGCCGGAGAAGCCCGACCUCGGCGCCGACGACCCCCUCCUCCUCGGCGCCUUCGCGGCCGUCUUCGAGAAAUUCGGCCUCACGGGCCCCGCCGCGGCCGCGCAGGCCGAGGAUUCCGGGCCCUCCUCUCCCCCCGCCGAGGCCAAGGAGAAUGCUGCUGCUGCCGAUGCUGAGCAGGAGGCCCCAAAGAAGGAGGAGGAGGAAGCAGUUGCCCUGUCGAAGAAGCAGAGGAAGCAGCUGCGGAGGGUGAAGAUUUCAGAGCUGAGGCAGAUGUGCAGCAGACCUGAUGUUGUUGAGGUCUGGGAUGGUAAUGCCCCGGAUCCGAAGUUGCUUGUAUGUCUCAAGUCCCGCAGGAACACCGUGCCUGUUCCAAGACACUGGUGCCAGAAACGAAAGUACUUGCAGGGAAAGAGGGGUUUUCAAAAACAACCGUUCCAGCUUCCUGACUUCAUUGCUGCAACUGGAAUUGAAAAAAUAAGACAGGCAUACGUUCAGAAGAUGAACAACAAGACACUGAAACAGAAGCAGCACAACCGUAUGCAGCCCAAGAGGGGAUAUAUGGAUAUGGAUUAUGAGGUUUUGCAUGAUGCAUUCUUUAAAUAUCAAACAAAACCCACAUUGACUAGUUAUGGUGAUCUGUAUUAUGAAGGGAAAGAGUUUGAGCCGAAGCUUAAGGUAAUGAAACCAGGUAUGCUGUCCCAGGAGCUUAAAAAAGCUCUUGGUAUGCCUGAUGGUGCCCCGCCCCCAUGGCUUACCAGGAUGCAGUUCUUUGGUCCUCCACCCUCUUAUCCUUAUCUGAAGAUCCCAGGUUUGGGUGAUGAACCUGAUGAGGAAGAACCUCUCAAUCGCACCAAACACUGGGGAGAUUUGGAUGAAGAAGAGGAUGAAGAGGAAGAAAAAGAGGAGGAACUAAUUAUUCAUGAGGAGAUAGAAGAAGGUGUUAGGUCUAUUGACACCGUCUCAAGUACUCUGGCUGGUGCGGAAGCACCUGAUGUUAUUGAGCUUCGGAAGCUGAGGAAGGAGUCAGAUAACCAGGCAGAAAGGCCAUUAUACCAGGUUCUUGAACAGAAAGAAGUAAGGAUCGCCCAUAGGGCGUUGUUCGCGUCAAGCCACGCAUAUGUUUCCCUGGCCAAACCUACCGAGUACGUGCUGCUUGGAGCGCAAGGUACACCGUCAUUAUCGGGCGGCAAUUUUGGUGAUGGACCUGGGGAGAUGGGAAAGCCGUCAAUUGACGAGGGAGAACCUAUUGAUCACAGCAAACACUGGGAAGAACUGGACGAAGAAGAAGAGGAAGAGGAGGAAUUGGAAGAUGGGAAAAUAGAAAAAGGCAUUCUAGAAGAGGAAGAGGUACUGGAAGAUGGGGGAAUAGAAGAAGACAUUCUUAAAGAGGAAGAGGAGGAGGAGGACCUGAAAGACGGGGAAGUAGAAGAACGCACUCUGGAAGAGUUGGAGGAGGAACUGGAGGAUGGGGAAAUAGUACAAAGUAUUCGGCAGGAGGAGGAGGAAGAGCUGGAAGAUGGGGAAAUAGUACAAGGUAUUCGGCAAGAGGAGGAGGAAGAGCUGGAAGAUGGGGAAAUAGUGGAAGGCAUUCGGCAAGAGGUAGAAGAGGAGCUGGAAGAUGGGGAAAUUGUGGAAGGCAUUCGGCAAGAGGAAGAAGAGGAGGGGGAACUGGAAGAGGGGGGAAUAGUAGAAGGCAUUCGAAAAGAGGAAAAGGAGGAGGACGAACUGGAGGAGGGGGAAAUAGUAGAAGGCAUCCGGUCUGGCCACACCAUCUCAAGCAGUACUCCAGCUGGUGUGGAAACGCCGGAUGUUAUCGACCUUCGGAAGUCGUGGAGGAAGGAGUGUGAGAGGCGGGCAGAAAGGCCAUUAUUAUACCAGGUUCUUGAACAGAAGGAAGAAAGAGUUGCCUCUGCCAGUGCGCUGUACUUGUCGAGCCACAGGUACGUGGUGGUGGGAGCGCAAGAUAAACCGUCAACAUCAUCAUCAUCAUCAUCAUCAUCAGGCCCUAAAAGUAAAAGGAAGCUGGAGAGGGUGGACGUCACGAUCCACCCUGACCAGCUCGACGCCGUAGAGGACGCCCUGGCCGCCAAGUACAGGGAGCUUUGGGGGGAGGAGAGCAAGGGCAAUGGCAAGGGGAAGAUGGGGAGGAAGCUGGUGGGCGGGGAAGGCAGCAGCUGGGUGUCGCCGCCGUCCUGGAAGACGGCGACAAAACGGAAGAAGGUGGACUUCAAGUUUUAGAAGAGGCCGCGAAUGGGAUGUAACUUUUUUGUGUGCACUGGAGGAGGUAGAUUAGCGUGUCUGCUGAUGAUGAUCUGAUGAACAGAAGAGCUCCCGGCCGUUGCACGGUGGUGGUGGAGUAGGGGUAGGAAUUCAGUUUCUGAUGGGCUAGCUGUCGGAGCCGGUGAAGAUGGCUGCUGUCUGUCGGAGUAAUUUUUGUGCACAAACGAGCUGGUAACUCACUGGAGGAGACAGAUCAGACAAGAUGACAUUCGCAAAAGAAAAAAAAAAGAUCACUGGACAAGAAGAGCAUGUGGCGGCCUG